UGUAAAGAGUGAUGUUACAUCAAAACUGACCAGUUUAAAAUCACAAUUAAUGUGCAAAUUAUUGAGUUUAUCAACCAGAUCCAUAUUAUUCUUAAUAUUAGAGUUAGAAAUGUUGUCAACUUGAGGAUUUAGUAAAGAAACUGAUAACCACAAGGAAACACGACGUUCCCAAGCGGUUUCGUGUAAUUCACAUCUUCAGGGGUGAGGAACUUCGUGUUUUUUGUGGUUAUAUAUACAGUAUAUAUAUAUUAUACAGCCUACCGGACACAGACACAUGAACAAGAUGAACCCGGAUUCUCAUCGGUGAACACCAGCUCCAUGGCAGCCUCCAUUGUUUACACACAAGAUGAUACCGUGUGUGACUCUUCCACUCUGCCGCACAAUUAAAUGGAGUGUAAAUUGUCACAGGAAGGCAUACCAUUUAUUACCCAGGCUUUAUUCUAAAACAGUAAUAGGUUCAUCAUUUCUACCACUUGACCAACUCGUUAGAGGUCGACGUGAAGAGGCUCAGAGAUCACUACUUGUGGAGGUGGCUGGGCUAGCAUCUGCAUUAGCCCUACAUCAAGUGUGUUCUCAGUAUGGCAGUGUCCACAAGAUGUUUCAUUACACUGUCAACUCUGGUAAUAAUAAUAAGGAGAUGAUUCUUGUGGAGUUCAAAGAAUCCUCGUCCCUUGACCAAGCUCUUCAAUUCGCAUGUUCACAAUCUGUCAAAAACAUCAUCCCUGCCCAUUCACCUCUUGUGUGGCUAGCAGCUGGAAAGUCAUCUAAUGAAACCACAAAUGCACAUAUUACCCAAGACCUGUUAGAGCUUGUCACUCCAAAUAUCAAAUACAGUAAAGAAGAACUCCAGCAACAAAUUUUUCAGUGUAAUGAUAUUUCAGAGCAAAUUCAGAAAGUGUAUGAUGGCCAAAAGUUGACAGAAUUAGGUUGGAGAUUAAGGUUUUUGACAUGUAGACAGAUAGAAGUGGCUUUGUCGGGGUUAUUUCCAAGAGCCACAGUUCUUCCAUUUGGUUCCUCUGUCAACUCAUUUGGAAACUUCAAUUGUGAUUUGGACAUGAUACUGGAGCUUUCGGGUAUUGGUGCACAGGAUAAUACUCAGCGGCUGGUGUUUCAAGCCAAGAAAGCCCCUUCAUCUGCAAAUAGUAGAUUGGCAUUGCAGCGUCGCAUGGAAAUCAUCUCGGACAUUAUAGACAACUUUGUACCAGGUUGUUCCCAAGUCAGAAAAAUUCUUAAUGCUCGGGUUCCUAUAAUCAAGUACCGCCAAAACCUAACUGAUGUAGACUGUGAUCUUACUAUGUCAAACAGGUCUGGUUUCUACAUGAGUCAGAUGCUGUACAUGUAUGGGAGCUUGGAUUCAAGAGUAUGUCCACUUGUGUUUGCUGUGCGCCGAUGGGCAAGAGACCGACACAUAACUUCACCAUAUUCAGGACGAUGGAUAACAAACUUUUCUCUGACGCUAAUGGUCAUCUUCUAUCUAAUGAACGUGUCAACCCCAGUAAUUGCAUCACUUCAAUCACUGAAUAUUAAUUCAGGCCCGGAUGAAGAGGAGAUUGAAAGUGAUAGAUUCAUCUUCCCGAAAAGUCUUGAAAAAGUGGCAGCAUCGGAGAACAAAGACUCUUUAGAGACUCUACUCAGAGGGUUUUUUGAAUUUUACGACCAAUUUAACUUCAGGGAACGAGGUCUAUCUAUUGUAACUGGAAAUAGUUUCAUUAAACCAGAGCAUAAUGCUUUGUACAUCCAAAAUCCUCUAGAGCGUGUACUGAAUGUUAGUCGUAAUGUGACUCUUGAGGAAGUAGAAAGGUUUCGUGCAGAACUUACUCAUGCAAGAUAUCUACUAGAAGGCAGCACCCCAGAUGUUGAUGCUGAGAGAAAUGAACCAUGGGGUGCGCUCUGUUUAUGGGAUGAGAGUACUACCGGCAUUGCAAAUCAUCGGAUACUAGAAGCUUCCCCAAAUUAUUCCAUUGAUUGGAAAGAAGUGUUCCACACUGAAGAUGCUAAAGGACAAGCUUCUUCUGUUCAUGAAAAAAAUGCAUCUUCUUUCAAACUUAAAAGUGCAAGGAGUAACAGAGAAUACAAAAAUUUUACCAAACAAACCUUCAACGAGAAUGGUAUAUUAGGAAGAGGAAUGGAACUUAAAAAUGCUUCUGAACUCAAAGGUUUGGUAACUAAAUUGAAACAGAAGACAUCUCAGAAAGGAAAUAAUGGACGUAGAAGUAAAUAUAAUUUUAAAGGUAAAUAUAAAUAACUUUUGGGGGGGGCUGAAUUAGAAGCUGUUAUUACUUUUGUAUGAUACCAAAAGUUUUAUGAACUGUGAUUGAAUGUAAAUAAUUUUUUAUUAUUAUGUACUGUAUUUCGUUCUUGUGAGGUAAUUUUUAUAAAUUUUUUGCUUGUGUAUGUUACUGUAAAUAAUAUGUGCUGUAUAUUAUAUAAAGCUCUAAAAAAAUAGAUGUACAUUUACAAAUAAAUUUCUUUUCUUUAU